UUGGAGAUUGAGAAACCGGCCCAUUCCUUUAUCAUCGACACAACAGAUGAUAAUAUCAAGAAUUUAUUUAGCGAAACUGAGUGGGAUGGAAUUAUGAAUGUUAAUAAGAAAACUGUACCGGCCAUUGACAAGGAUAUUGGGACGCAUUUGAUCAGCUACAAAAAGAAAACCCCCUCAGAAAUGCGAGCACAUGUUAUGAAACCGUGGUUAAAUACGACUUAUAACGUAGAAGAUCAUUUCGAUUUUCAAUACAUUCAUAUGGUUUUUUCACAUCUGUUGGACGAAUAUGAGUCUCCGAAGAACCGAUUGGUACAACCGCAUGCGGAAGGGUGCGUUGCAUCAAGCAACCGAAGGAAUGAUGAUGAGAUGUACACGGUGAAAGGCAAUAGAAAAGCACUGGGGCAUCGAAUUGAUGGUAUUGUUCAAAACUUAGUCAACAACUGUGAAUACGGAGGAAUUGAAGUCGCGAAAACAUGUCAAGGUCUACAUGAUAGGAAACAAUUAGGCGAUUCGUUGAAACUCACAAAACUCCUUAAAGACAUAUUUCAUCAACAAUCAGGUGUUGUCGGCUAUAAUGAAGAGAGAGUAAAAAAAUUAGAGGUUGUCGGUCUGUUGCAUUCGCGCCUUCAAUUACAACAGUUCAUGAUGGAUUUCGGAGGUGGUUCUUGUUUACAGCUUAAAAAAGAAACAACGAGAAAUAUUCCUCUGCAUCUGGGUGACGUAAUGGGGCUCAUCCAUACAAUCGCAUCUGUCCUUCAGGCCAAAUUGAGAAUUCAACGUUACAUUGAAGUGAUGAAAAAUGAAGCUGAGGACGAAUCAUUCUUACUAGAAAUCACACAACCUCCUACACCACCUAAUACUGUAUGCCUUGCAAAAACAGAAACGACUCCAAUAAAAAACAAGUGA